GGGAAUGAAAACAAUUAAGGGAGUAGAAAGAGAAAGAGAAAGAGAGUUACAAAAAGCAAAGGCAGUGUCUCUCUCUAUCUUUAUUCUUUAUUCACCCUCAUAGUUUGAUCGUAUCGUAUGCAAAUUGAAGACAGUGAUGGCAAAGUCGAGUAGUGUUCCGACGUCGUUUCCGGCGAUAAAGGCAGAGCAAUACGCACACAGCGCAGUCCACAAAGCGGUGGCAAUUGGAGACCACGCCGCGCUUUCUAGAAUCAUUUCUUCUCUACCCCGAUUCCCUGACCCGGCCCAAAUCCAAACCGAGUCUGACUCGCUCACUCAGGAGCGACUCGCCGACAAAAUCUCCGCUGUCUUGGACCGCCGGGACGUCCCAUUCCGGGAGACACCUCUCCAUCUUGCCGUCCGUCUCAACGACAUUUCCGCUGUGCGAGCACUCGCCGUCGCCGGUGCCGACAUCUCCCUCCACAACGCCGCCGGAUGGAACCCUCUCCAGGAGGCUAUCUGCCGGCGGGCCACUGACAUCGCUCACCUUCUCGUGCGUCUCCACCACCGUUCCGCCUGGGCGAAGUGGCGGCGUCGCCUUCCUCGCCUCGUCGCCGCGCUCCGCCGCAUGCGCGAUUUCUACAUGGAGAUCUCCUUCCACUUCGAGAGCUCCGUCAUUCCGUUCGUCGGAAGAAUCGCCCCCUCCGACACCUACAAGAUCUGGAAGCGCGACGGCAACCUCCGCGCCGACACCACCCUCGCCGGCUUCGACGGCCUCAAAAUCCAGCGCGCCGACCAGAGCUUCCUCUUCCUCGGCGACGGCGACGCCGCACACGACGUCCCCUCGGAUUCCCUCCUUGUGCUUAACCGCGACGACCGAAAAAUCUUCGACGCCUUCGAAAACGCCGGAGCUCCGAUGAGCGAUUCCGACGCGGCGGGAUUCUGUGCCCAAACCAGCGUCUAUCGUCCUGGCAUGGACGUGACGAGGGCAGAGCUCGUGGGAAGAACCAAUUGGAGAAAACAAGAGAAGACGGAGAACGUGGGAGAGUGGAAAGCGAGGGUCUACGAAGUGCAUAACGUAGUUUUCAGUUUCCGAUCUCGGAAAGUCGCAGGUGGAGAAUCUGACGUGGCAGGGAGCGAACAGGUGCUGCCGUUAGAAUUGGAUGAAGACGAAGACGGUUUUCUCGUGGCGGAGAAUCCGAGUUUCGGAAUGCCUUUGGGUGGUUCUGACAAGAGAAGACAUAGUAGCUUCGUUCGAGAAGAGAGGGAGUGGGUCCCACUCGGGAGAAAAAGCGUGGAUUUGCCUUCCGUUACGGUCCAACCGCCCAGAAGGUCAUCGGCGUCGGGUAGAGUUGCGCUGCCGCCUCCACCGGCGACGAAAGAGAAGGAGUAUUUGAGAAGCUUGCGGCCGUCUGUGUGGCUGACGGAGCAGUUUCCGUUGAGUACGGAGGAACUGUUGCCGUUGCUGGACAUUCUGGCCAACAAGGUGAAAGCUGUGAGGAGGCUCAGAGAGUUGCUCACUACCAAGUUUCCGACGGGAACUUUUCCGGUCAAGGUAGCUAUCCCUGUGGUCCCUACGGUAAGGGUGGUGAUCACGUUCACCAAGUUCGUAGAGCUGCCACCGUUGGAGCAAUUCUACACGCCAUUUUCGAGUCCGAGGUAUUUGCUGGAUGCAGAUGAUGAUGACGAUGAGAAAAAAUCAGGAACUGGAAGUCACGCUUCUUCUUCUUCAUCUGGGGGAUCCACGUGGCUGAGGCGAAGUGGUAGCCAAUCCAGAGGUGCGGGGAGUAAGCACCAACAACGAUCUUCUUCUGGGGCUUUGGAUUCAGACCCUUUUGCUAUUCCUGCUGGGUAUACGUGGACCAAUCAUGGGGAUGAUAAAUCACGCAAAAUGAAGAAGUCCAAGUCUGUCAGAAAAUCCAAGUGAAACGCGCUUGGCACAAGAAGCAUGCGUCAUUGGGAAAUUUUGAAGUUGAAUGCGAGAUAUCAGAUAUGAAAGUAUUGUAUUGUGGUGCCAAAAGCUGCAUUCAUUGUAGUGUAAAUAUCCCCGUCUUUAUUUUUAAUUAAUUAACUGGGGCUUUGGGAAAACGGUGCUUGUUCAUAAGGAGAGGUGGCGCAGCAAGUUUUCAGAAGUUAGAACUGCGUUGCAUGGCUCACAGUUUUGUUUUAUCUAUCUUUAGUUAUAUGGAAAUUUUUUAUGGUUUUGUUUUUCAUUUUUGGAUUUGGUGCUGGGGACAGGAAGAGAGAUCAAAUUUGUCGUGCUUGCCUUUGCUUUAAU